AUGGGAGUUGCCAUGGUCGGAGACUUGAAGCCGAGCUCCUCGGCGAAGAGGAUAUUCCGUCAGAGCUUCAGCGCUCGCCAUGGUGCCGACUGGUGAGCUCCUCUUCUCCCUCUCGUUCGUCGCCCACUUCAUCUUCCGCCACAAGCUCUCUCUCUCUCUCUCUCUCUCUCUCCACCCCCUCUCCCCUCUGAACCAUCAUCGUCCGUCCGCUUCAUCUUCUUCGACGACGAGCUCUCUCUCUCCUCCCUACUUCCUUCCUCUUGAUCAUCAUCGUCGUCCGCUUCAUCUUCCUCGACGACAAGCUAUCUCUCUCUCUCCCCCUGGUUCUUCGCCAUCGUCUGCUUCAUCUUCUUCAACGACAGGCUCUCUCUCCCUGUCUUUCUGGCUCUUCGUCGUCGCCAGCUUCGUUCUUCGUCAACGGCAACCUCUCUCUCUCUCUCUCUCUCUCUCUCCGCUUUCUCUCUCAUGGAAAAUUCAGAAAACCCAGCGGAAAUUCCAGACUUUCCAUCGGUAUCGAAUCCUGUCGAGUCCUGCAUUCCAAACGCCCGGCUCACGCUCUCCGAUUCCUCCUCCACAGGUCGCUCUCCGAUGGUUCCGGCGACCUCAUCGUCGAAGUCGGGACGCAAACCUUCUCUCUCCACAAGGUAUUUAACCACCGCAAAAUCUAAAUAUUAACUAUUUAAAUUAGUUUCGUAACUCAUUUUUUUCUAUUUACGGCAUCCCUCUGAAGAAAUUUCACAAGCGCAGAAUUACCUUCACAUUGAAAUAAAUGGCGUCUAUGCCAAAUUCUGAGGGCCGGAUGAAGAAAGUUAAAACUGCUGAAUAACCGUUAUAUUGAAAGAAAUGGUGUAUAUGUACCCGUAGUUACACAAAAUUAAUGUCUUAAGGGUAUCUCGGAGUUGUCUCUGGUUUCCUGGAUGAAGAAAAAUCAAAAGUGUAUAAUAACCUUUAUAGUUGAAUAAAUUGUUUAUAUGUGCCGCAGUUGCCUCUGGUUUCCCGGAGCGGGAAGAUCCGGAAACUGCUGCUGUCCGAGGCAAGGGAGACGAAGGCGGCGGCGGGGAUGCGGAUCAGCCUCCCGGCGGUCCCCGGCGGCGCCGAGGCUUUCGAGCUGGCCGCCAAGUUCUGCUACGGAGUCAACGUCGAGGUCAACCUCUCCAACGUGGCCAUGCUCCUCUGCGCCGCCCACCACCUCCAGAUGACGGAGGACUUCUCCGGCGAGAACCUCGAGUCCCUUGCAGAAGCCUAUCUCACAGCAACAGUUCUCCCGAGCGCCGCCAGAUCUGCUGCCGUCCUCCGCCACAGCGAGGCCCUCCUCCCCGCCGCCGACGAGAUCAACCUCGUCGGCCGCCUCGUCUCCGAGAUCGCCGCCACCCUCUGCAGAGAGCAGGUCCCCUCCGAGCUCCGGCGAGACUCGCCGGCGACGGCCCUGGCGGAGCUCUCCCUGGAUUUCUUCCGGCGGAUCCUCUCGGCCAUGAAGACCAGGGGUGCGAGCCCGGAGACGGUGACUGGCAUCCUCAUCCACUACGCCCACCACCACUCUCCCCACGGCCUGGCGGCGCCCCCGGAUGGGGAGGCGGAGCAGCCGCCGCGGAGAGCUCUGGUGGAGACCCUGGUGGCUCUCCUCCCCCCCCGGUCGCGGCGGAGCAGGGCCGUACCGGUGGCGUUCCUCUCGGGCCUCCUCAAGGCCGGCGCCGCCGCCUCGGCCUCCGCCGCCUGCCGGGCCGACGUGGAGAGGAGGAUGGCCCUGCAGCUGGACCAGGCCGCUCUAGAGGACAUCCUCCUCCCGGCGAGCUCCGCCGCGGGCGGCGGUGGCGUCGUCCGCCACCAGCUGUACGACACCGAGACCACCCUGCGGAUCUUCUCGCUGUUCCUGCGCUGCUCCGACGAGAAGCCGCAGGAGGAGGACGAGGACGACGACGAUGGCCACAGAUCGCCGGCGAAGCAGAGCUCCCUGAGGAAGGUGACCAAGCUCAUGGAUGGCUACCUGGCGGAGGUGGCCCUGGACUCGAACCUCCCGCCGGCCAAGUUCAUCGCCCUGGCGGAGCUGCUGCCGGACCACGCCCGCCUCGUCGGCGACGGUCUCUACAGGGCCAUCGAUAUCUUCCUCAAGGUCAGAUCAGAUCAGUCAAUCAUGUCUCACCGUUUGACUUGAAGGGACAAAUAUGUAGUGUUGACUUGUUGUGGAUAAUGUCUCCCCUCGAGCAGGUGCACCCGAACAUGAAGGAGGCGGAGAGGUAUCGCCUCUGCAAGGCCAUCGACUGCCGGAAGCUCUCGCCGGAGGCGUGUGGGCACGCCGCCCAGAACGAGCGGCUGCCAGUGCAGACGGCUGUGCAGGUGCUCUACUUCGAGCAGCUCCGCCUUCGGAGCGCCAUGAACCACGACCAGUCCAUCUUACAGUGGCCGGGCCACCGGGGCGGCAGCGCCGCCGGGGGAGGCAGCGGCGCCGCCUCCCCCCGGGACAGCUACGCGCUGGUGCGGAGGGAGAACCGGGAGCUGCGGCAGGAGGUGGCGAGGAUGAGGAUGAGGCUGACCGAGCUGGAGAGGGAUCACGUGUCCAUGAAGCAGGAGCUCGUCCGCGCCGGUCCCACCAGCGGCGCCGCCGGGGGGGUCCUCCGGUCCUUGGGCAGGGCGCUCGCCGGUAAGCUCCACGAGAUCUUCCGGGAGAGGAAGAAGGGCUCCGCCGGUCACGGGGCCGGCAGCGUCGCCGACCCCCGCCCGUUCUUCCUCAAGCGGCGCCGCCACUCCGUCUCCUGA